GUUCCAGAACAAGCAGUCACACUGUUUGACCUUUUUUAAGCUAUUAAAUCAUUCACAGUAUUUAAAUGGAACUUUAAUAAGAGAAAUGUUGGUUUUGUUGGGGGGUGUGUGUGUGUGUUGUCUAAACGUGUAAAUCACGAAGCUUUCCUCAGCCAGAAAAGCUUUUACUCAAGCUGGCCGGACUCCUCAUUUUGUAUCGCUGUCCAUCCAUGGUUAAUUACCCAGGCUGCCGGGUCACUCGAUGGCAAGCGGCAUCUGGCUUUUCUGGGUUUAGUAGCCGAGCCAGGGACCCAGUGUGACUCCAUGAAAGAUGACAGAGGAGGUGAUUGUGAUCGCCAAGUGGGACUACUCGGCCCAGCAGGAGCAGGAACUUGACAUCCGGAAGAACGAGCGUCUGUGGCUUUUAGACGAUUCGAAAACGUGGUGGCGUGUCCGCAACGCAGCCAACCGCACUGGCUACGUCCCAUCCAACUACGUAGAGAGGAAAAACAGUCUGAAGAAGGGCUCACUGGUGAAGAACCUCAAGGAUACACUGGGUCUCGGUAAGACUAAGCGGAAGCCGAGCGCCGACGCCGAGUGCCCACCGAACGGCAUCGGCGCUGGAGCAGAGCAAAUAUACGAGUUGCACACCGCGGCAGUGGCCAAGUUCGCAUACACGGCGGAGCGUGACGACGAACUGAGCCUGGCGAAAGGCGCGCGUCUGCUGGUGCUGGAGAAAUGCAGUGACGGCUGGUGGCGCGGACGCUGCAAUGACGGCCGGUCAGGCUGGUUCCCCUCCAACUACGUCCAGGAAGAGGAGGAUGAGGAAGAGGAUGAGGACGAAGCGGGUAUGGGUGACGGGCAGUACUCACGAGGAUUGCAAAAGGUGCAGACGCUUUACCCCUUCAGCUCAGCCACGGAGGAAGAGCUGAACUUUGAAAAAGGAGAAAUCAUGGAGGUGCUGGAGAAGCCCGAGAAUGACCCCGAGUGGUGGAAGUGUAAAAACAGUCAAGGCCAAGUGGGCCUCGUGCCCAAAAACUAUGUGACGGUGCUGAAAGAAGGUGGGGGCGCCAGCAGUUUCAGCGCCCAUACUUUGCAGCAUGCAGGCCCCGCGCACACGGGCAGAUUUGCCGGGAUGGAGUGGUACUAUGGCAGCGUGACACGGCACCAGGCUGAAUGCACACUAAAUGAGAGGGGAGUCGAGGGAGACUUCCUAGUGCGGGACAGCGAGUCCUCUCCGAGCGAUUUUUCCAUCUCCUUGAAGGCGUCAGGCAAGAACAAGCACUUCAAGGUGCAGUGCUGCGAGGGUGUGUACUGCAUCGGGCAGCGGCGUUUCAACACCAUGGACGAGCUCGUCGAGCACUACAAGAAAGCACCCAUUUUUACCAGUGCGCACGGAGACAAGCUCUACCUUGUUAAACCCCUGCAGUGACCUUCCAGCCAAAAAUGAGCCUUGAGAACCUAAUUAGACCUCACACUGAGCCGAGCCUCCUUACUGUUCCUCUUGGUGGUCAGUUUUUACCAGCAAGUGGGGAACAGAGUGCCAACACAAGCAGCUGGGCAGUGGCAUCGUCCCGUAUUUUUAAAAUUGUUGUCAUUUCCUGUUUACUUCCUUGAAAUAUUUUGGAAACUCUCUGGUAAUAAUCUUUCCGUUUAAGUGUUGAGAAAUGAUAGGAGGGGUACCAUUUUCCCGUUUGCCGUAGUUUCAAUUCAGGUUUUACAAAGCAAACAAGACUGAAGUUCACAAGAAGUAGACUUUUAUUUUGUUUUAUUUUAUUUUUUAUGAAUAUUAUGAUUUGAUGGUACAAUAGGGAAUAUUUUGAGCCUCUUCACAUGGCAGUGUGGAAUAGGGUUGCUUCAUGUGUUGCCAAAAAAUAAAUUGUCCAUAUGUGAUACGCAGGAACUGUCUGCCCCCUGCUGGACACAUAGACACAUGGCUUCAUGGACUCGUAGGAGGGAGGUCUUGUUUAUGAGAUGAGAUGAAUGUCAGAUGCUCAACCAAAUGUGCCACACACUGGUUAAGUGUAACAACCCUCAUUAUUCACACCCACAAUCGGCAAUAGCCUGAGUCGUACUAUAUCUGUAUGGGUAUCUUGUAGAAUUACAAGAGCGCUUAUUCUAUACACCUGUUUAAUUCCCCAGCUUUUUAAAAGUGUUUGUUUGAAUGUAAGAGCAUUGCUAUUUAAAUCUGUGUCUAUUUAAACAAGAGCCUAAGGUGCAUUUAGCAGGAAUUUUCUAAGCACUGUAACAAUGACCGUUAUAUGUUGGAAACUGAAAUACAUUUUGUUUAAAUAAACAUUUUGCAAAAUAACAAUAAGGAAUUUAUCAUUGAUGCCGUAAUCAAAUACAGCACUGUGCAAGUCUUGAGCCUCCUCUCAUUUCUUCAUAUUAAAUCAAAUCACAUUACAUUAAAGCCGCAGGAACAAAUGUUUACUGUCCCAGGCUGCAAAAUGCCUUAAAAAAUUUGGUUGUUUAUGCAGCAAACCUUAUUUCCCCUCUUGUCUAUUUUAACCAUUCGGCAUCACC